GUGUAUGUAUAUGUGUGUGUGUCCCACGCCCUCCUCCUCCUGCAGCUUCCUCUCCUCCCACUCUAUACAUUGCCCCGUCCUGUGUGGCUCCACCUGCCCCUGACACAUUAUUAUGUCCCUGUAUGUGAGCACAUAGUGUUCCUCCUGUGAGAGCAGCUGCAGUACCCAGCCAUGGCUGCCUCCUCUGUGCUGUCCCUGAGCGGCCUCUGUCACUGGGCUGCCUGGCUCUUCCUCCUCUACCUGCUGUACAAAGCCUCUACGCUGUACCUGAGGUGGCAGCAGCUGCGCCGGGUGUUCUCUGCGUUCCCGGGUCCAGAGCGCCACUGGCUGUACGGCAACGCUCAUGAGUUUAAACAAGAUGGGACUGAUCUGGACGUCCUGGACGGUUUUGCGAAGCAGUAUGAAUACGGAUAUUCUAUGUGGUUUGGAAACUUCUUUGCGUCACUCAUGGUCUGUCACCCGGAGUAUGUGAAGGCCAUUCUGACCCGGCAGGAUCCAAAGGAUAACGUUGGCUAUCGCUUCCUAGUCCCAUGGAUUGGGAAAGGGCUGCUGGUGUUAUCAGGACCAAAAUGGUCCCAGCACCGCAAGCUGCUGACUCCGGCCUUCCACUAUGACGUCCUGAAGCCGUAUAUCGGACUGAUGUCAGACUGCACCAAUACCAUGCUGGACACAUGGGAGAAGCUGGUCCCCGAUCAGAAGCCGCUGGAGCUCUUCCAUUAUGUCAGCCUCAUGACCCUGGACAGCAUUAUGAAAUGUGCCUUCAGCUACGAGAGCAACUGCCAGAAGGACAGUGAGAAUGAAUACAUCAAAGCUGUGUAUGAGCUGUCCUUCCUGGUGGACCAGAGGUCCCGCUGUUACCCCUACCAUAAUUCUCUCAUCUACCACCUGAGCCCACAUGGAGCGCGCUUUCGGAAAGCGCUGAAAACAGCGCAUGAGCACACGUAUAAUGUAAUAAAACUGAGAAAAGAAGCGCUGAAGCAGGAGACUGAGCUGGAGAAGGUGAAGCAGAGGAGACACUUGGAUUUUCUGGACAUCCUAUUAUAUGCCAAGGAUGAGAACGGACGGGGCCUGUCCGAUGAGGAUCUGCAGGCGGAGGUGGACACGUUCAUGUUUGAGGGACAUGACACCACAGCCAGCGGGAUCUCCUGGACAUUAUACUGUUUGGCCAAGUACCCGGAGCACCAGGAGAAAUGCCGGGAGGAGAUCCAAGAGGUCCUGGGGGAGCGGAACACCGUGGAGUGGGAGGAUCUGGGUAAGAUGCCGUACACCACCAUGUGUAUUAAGGAGAGUAUGCGCCUCUAUCCCCCUGUACCAGGAGUGGCUCGUGAGCUCAGCCAGCCAAUCACCUUCUGCGAUGGGCGGAGCCUGCCCAAAGGUGCAAAUGUUUUCCUGAAUAUAUACUCUAUUAAUAGACACCCUGAAAUGUGGGAAGAUCCAGAGGUGUUCGACCCUCUGAGAUUUUCGCCUGAUAAUCCAAUCAAGAAACACGCGUACGGCUUCAUUCCCUUCUCAGCCGGAUCAAGAAACUGCAUUGGACAGAACUUUGCCAUGCACGAGAUGAAAGUCGCCGUCGCUCUGACGUUACAGAGAUUUGCGCUGAGUCCAGAUCCGGACAAUGAGCCUCUGAAGCUCCCGCAGAUAGUGCUGCGCUCUGUGAACGGCAUUCACCUGAUUGUGAGGAAACUGCAGAGAAAAUCCUGAACGCAGGAGACUGUUCUGUGCUGUUAUUGUAUGUUCUGCUUCUAUGUCAGAGAGAUCAGUAAAUGUGAAUGUGAUGUACUAACAA